CUGUUGUUGUUGUUGUUUGGUGAGAGGGGGGUGAUGAUGGAGAGGUAGUGAGAAUGAAGAAGAGUAACCUGGUUAACCCUUCACUCUUGUCACCUUGAGAUUUUAUAUCUCUUCUUUUCCACUCCUCUUUUUUCCUGGGUGAAAGUGGAUGUUGGAUGGAGGGAUGAGGAACUGGAUGAAGGGAAGUGAGGAAGAGAAGAGAGACUGAGGAGACAAUGUCGUACACACAGUUGGAACCCAUCAACAAGGGUGUGCUGGCCAGGCUAACUGACUGUCUAUUGUGUCGGUGGUCGUGUCGCUCAUGUCUGUUGUGGUGUUGGGAGUGCUGCUUUCCGUCCAGUGAUGAGGAGGUGGAGAUACUGGGACCCUUCCCUGCUCAGACCCCCUCCUGGCUAGUGAACGAGUGUGUGGAUGAGAAGGACACUGAUACCGGGGUCACUCAUGUUGACUCCAUGGCAAUAACGCAGGACAGAAUUCCGACCCGGAGACGUUCCAGCUCAGAGAUGUCCCGAUCCACCUUCAGCCUGGUCCGACAACUCUCCAGUCUUGACGCCCGCAGGCCCAGCUCUCCGCUGGUUGAGGUGAAACCCAUUGAGUUCUGGGCCAUGGGCCCCAGGAAGGAGGUGAUCCAGCCGCUGCGUCGACCCCAGCCCCCUCCGGAUGACUACUUCAGGAAGUUGGAGCCACGCCUCUACUCUCUGGACUCAUCCGGAGACGACGUGGACUCGCUAACGGACGAGGAGAUCCUGCUACGAUACCAACUGGGCAUGCUUCACUUCAGCACACAGUAUGACCUAAUCAACAGCCACCUGGGCGUUAGGGUCAUUGAGGCUCGCGACCUGCCCCCACCGCUGACCUGUGAUGGAGCCCGCCAGGACAUGGCCCACUCCAACCCAUACGUCAAGAUCAGCCUGCUGCCGGACCACAAGAACUCCCGGCAGACGGGGGUGAAGAGGAAGACACAGAACCCGGUGUUCGAGGAGCGGUUCACCUUCGACCUUCUGUUCCUGGAGGCCCAGCGCCGCACCCUGCUGCUGUCUGUGGUCGACUUCGACAAGUUCUCACGGCACUGUGUCAUCGGCAAGGUGGCGCUGCCUCUGAGUGAGGUUGAUCUGGUGAAAGGUGGUCAUUGGUGGAAGGCCCUGGUACCUAGUUCUCAGAAUGAGGUAGAGCUGGGAGAGCUGCUGUUAUCACUCAACUACCUGCCCUCUGCUGGAAGACUCAACGUUGACAUCAUCAGAGCGAAGCAGCUGCUGCAGACAGACAUGUGCCAGGGAUCAGACCCGUUUGUGAAGGUUCAGCUGGUAACAGGGCUGAAGCUGGUAAAGACCAAGAAGACUUCCUGUAUGAAAGGAACCAUCGACCCCUUCUACAAUGAGUCAUUCAGCUUCAGAGUCCCCCACGAAGACCUCAGCGAAGUCAGCCUGGUAUUUACAGUGUACGGCCACAACAUGAAGAGCAGUAAUGAUUUUGUGGGGAGGAUCGUGAUUGGCCAGUUCUCCACGGGUCCUCCUGAGACCUCCCACUGGCGCCACCUGUUGGCCAGUCAGAGAACUCCGGUGGAACAGUGGCACAGCCUGCGGUCACGGGCAGAGUGUGACCGCGUCUCACCUGCCUCGCUGGAGGUCACAUGAUAGAGCUGGAGAGGGAUCAGGAGUUAGAAGUUAGGGGUUAGAUGUCAGGAGGAGAGGUAUAAGCUCAAAGUGUUGAGGUACACAGUAGGAAAGGGGGUCAGGAGUUAGAGGUUAGAGGUCGGGGGUUUGAUGUCAGGGAGGUGAGAAAAGGGGGUUAGAGGAUGAGAGAGAGAGAGAGAGAGGGACACCGAGAGAGGGACACAGAGAGAGGGACACAGAGAGACCCAGAGAUAAGGACACAGAGAGAGAAGAGAGAGGGACACAGAGAGAGGGACACAGAGAGAGAAGAGAGAGGGACACAGAGAGAGAGGGAGAGAAGGAAGGGGAGACAGAGGUCAGGGUUAAGGCCACCAGCAGGCCGGAUUAAGAAAUCAUAGGCCGUGGCUUAGACAUUGCUCAAAUUUUAAUAGUAAAGACGUAAUUUAACUGUAAAAAUAUAUAUUUGUCUCAGCCCCGGGCCUACGGUUGGAGGAUCCAGUAAAAAAUCAAAUAUAUAUACAUUUCUAUUUUUCAGGCCCUGCAUUAAUCAGGCCCUGCGUUAAUCAGGCCCUGCGUUAAUCAGGCCCUGCGUUAAUCAGGCCCUGCAUUAAUCAGGCCCUGCAUUUAAUCAGGCCCUGCGUUAAUCAAGCCCUGCGUUAAUCAGGCCCUGCGUUAAUCAGGCCCUGCAUUUAAUCAGGCCCUGCGUUAAUCAGGCCCUGCGUUAAUCAGGCCCUGCAUUAAUCAGGCCCUGCGUUAAUCAGGCCCUGCGUUAAUCAGGCCCUGCAUUAAUCAGGCCCUGCGUUAAUCAGCCCCUGCGUUAAUCAGGCCCUGCGUUAAUCAGGCCCUGCGUUAAUCAGCCCCUGCGUUAAUCAGGCCCUGCAUUAAUCAGGCCCUGCAUUUAAUCAGGCCCUGCGUUAAUCAGGCCCUGCGUUAAUCAGGCCCUGCGUUAAUCAGGCCCUGCGUUAAUCAGGCCCUGCAUUUAAUCAGGCCCUGCAUUAAUCAGGCCCUGCGUUAAUCAGGCCCUACGUUAAUCAGGCCCUGCAUUUAAUCAGGCCCUGCGUUAAUCAGGCCCUGCAUUAAUCAGGCCCUGCAUUAAUCAGGCCCUGCGUUAAUCAGGCCCUGCAUUAAUCAGCCCCUGCAUUAAUCAGGCCCUGCGUUAAUCAGGCCCUGCGUUAAUCAGGCCCUGCGUUAAUCAGGCCCUGCGUUAAUCAGGCCCUGCGUUAAUCAGGCCCUGCGUUAAUCAGGCCCUGCGUUAAUCAGGCCCUGCAUUAAUCAGGCCCUGCAUUUAUCAGGCCCUGCGUUAAUCAGGCCCUGCGUUAAUCAGGCCCUGCGUUAAUCAGGCCCUGCAUUUAAUCAGGCCCUGCGUUAAUCAGGCCCUGCGUUAAUCAGGCCCUGCGUUAAUCAGGCCCUGCAUUUAUCAGGCCCUGCAUUAAUCAGGCCCUGCCAACAAGAUGAACCGUCCUCAGCUCUCCAAAAUUGCUGCCUCUCUUCCCCCUCACCUUCCUGACUGACCUCCCAAUCCCCUAGCAGUGUGACCAGAGACUGUGUCCCAAAUGGCACCCUAUUCCCUAUAUAGUGCACUACUUUAGACUAUGGGCCGUAUUCCCUAUAUAGUGCACUACUUUAGACUAUGGGCCCCUCCUCCCUAUGGGCCCCACCUCCCUAU